AGAUGAAGGGAGAGGGGCAUGUGAAGGAAGGAUUAGUGAGAGGCCUCAGUCUUAUUAAUAUCAUACAUGGCUGCUCGUCUCACGCUGUGGCCUUUCUUUUCUCCCGCUGUGAGCUAAAAAUAGUACCCACAAUUCAUCGCCUUUGUUCAUUUAAGGUCCCUUUGCAGACGGGCCCCGACUGUCUCUUUAAUCCCAACUCGUCCUCUGCUUGAUAGGUUCUUUGAAAGGUGCCAUGGUCACAUUAUAGACUUAAAUUCUGCAAGCCUUCAGAGUGAGGAGGAAAUGACCCAGCUGAGUGUCCGUCGCUGGACGCCCAAACACGUUGCCAAGUGGCUGAGGGAAGAGGGCUUUUGUGAUUAUGUGGACCUGCUGUGCAACAAGCACAGAUUGGAUGGUACCAGUCUGCUUGCUCUCAGUGAGUAUGACCUCCGUUCGCAACCUCUGGAGCUCAAGGUGCUGGGGGACAUCAAGCGGCUGAUGGUGUCGAUCCGCAAACUUCAGAAACAGAACAUUGAUGUGUUGGAGGAGCUGGGUCUUCCGUUUGACGGACACUCUCCUACAGGCUCCGGAGGCAGUUUGGAUUGGCUGUGUAAUGGAGACCCGGGCAGAGACUGUGACAGCACUGACACAGCACCAGUGGGAGAGGAGUAUCACCAGUACACUAAUGGAAAGUACAAGCAGCAGACGAGGCGUUUGGAUCCAGAGUACUGGAAGACAGUGCUCAGCUCCAUCUAUGUGGUGUUUGUGUUUGGGUUCACAUCCUUUGUCAUGGUCAUAGUGCAUGAGAGGGUGCCUGACAUGCGCACAUACCCUCCGCUGCCAGAUAUUUUCCUAGACAGCGUGCCUAGAAUACCAUGGGCCUUUGCCAUGGCUGAAGCAUGUGGAGUGAUCCUCUGUAACAUCUGGCUGCUUGUUCUACUGCUGCAUAAACACAGGUCCAUCCUGUUGCGACGCAUGUGCAGCCUCAUGGGGACUGUGUUCAUGCUGCGCUGUAUCACCAUGUUUGUCACCUCCCUGUCAGUGCCAGGACAGCACCUGCAGUGCUCGGGAAAGAUAUAUGGUGACAUGUGGGCCAAACUGCAGCGAGCUGUGGCCAUCUGGAGUGGUUUUGGGAUGACCCUGACAGGAGUGCAUACAUGUGGUGACUACAUGUUCAGCGGUCACACCGUGGUCCUCACCAUGCUCAACUUCUUCGUCACAGAGUACACUCCACGAAGCUGGAACUUCAUUCACACCUUGUCCUGGGUCCUGAAUCUUUUUGGCAUCUUCUUCAUCCUGGCUGCACACGAACACUACUCCAUCGACGUGUUCAUAGCCUUCUACAUCACUACCAGACUCUUCCUAUACUACCACACUCUGGCUAACACCCGGGCCUACCAGCAGAGUCGACGAGCGCGCAUCUGGUUUCCCAUGUUCUCCUUCUUCGAGUGCAAUGUCAACGGGCCCGUCCCCAACGAGUACUGCUGGCCCUUCUCUAAACCUGCUGUGAUGAGGCGGCUGAUUGGAUAAAGAGCGGGAGCAGCAGCGGUUCUGUCAGACACUACUUAACCUGUGCUGUUUUGUCUGCUUUGUCAAGUUGCCAACUGAGGCGAUGUGUGAUAUCCUCAUCAACAAAGACACCUGAUGUCAUCCUGUCAGCACCGACGCCUGAUGGGAUACACAGAGCCAUACCUUCUUAUAUUCUGGGAUGUAGCUUCUAACCUACUUCCCCUGUCACCUUUUUUAUGAGGAUUAAACAAAAUCGACAAAACCCUGUAGAGUCUCUUAAAAGCCCUAUUAACACUCUUUGCUUGAAACUGAAUACAGUGGAGAUAUGUCUAAUUGAUUGGUUGCUCAUUUUUCUUCUAAAGGGAUAUAAUUUUAUGUAGCAUGAAUUGCUUUUUUCAGUACCUCCCAACUUAAAGUAUACUUAGUAUAUGGAUAGCACAGGAUAAAUGGAAGCCACAUCAGACAAUUCUCAGGCAACACUGUAUCUUAUCUUUCCCAGCAGUUAGGCAUUUCUCAUGCAAUUGAAAUACCUAAUCAUUUCAAGGUUUUGAUCUUGAUUCUUGACUGAAAGUUUUGUUUUACAUCCCACUUUGUAAUUUAUCAAAACAUAACUGUGGACCACUGGUGAAGCAAUAUGUAAAGAUCUACCUUACAGUACUGCUUGUUUCUAUGUUGCAAUUUUUUCAUCUUUUUGAGAAGCAGAUGUUCUGAAAGUCUUCUGCAUUCCUUGAGAUUAUGCUUACAUUUUGACAAUGUUACUGAAUGCUGACAGAGAAAUUGAUGGCUCAAUGUAAGAUAAACUGCAAUAUAUAUUGACUUUGUUUUUAUUGUUUACGCAGCCUGCUUUUUCUUUACCAGUCCUGGAAAAGAUGCAUUCAAGAAAUGUCUUUAUCGGCCAAAAACCUGGAAUUAAAGAUUUUUUUCCAGCUGUCUUAAAUAUAAUUCCAUUUGCCAAUUACCUUGAGUCUCACGAUAGGUUUGUCUGUGUAGAAAUGUCCCAAGUCUAUCAUGUUUACUGUUGGAUAGUUGUAUAGUGCUUUUUUAAAUCAUCAUACAGUGUAAAUGACAAGACCCUAGUACCAUUUGAGCUUUCCCAGAUAUUAAUCCUUUGACAUUAAUCUGUGGUGAUAGUUCUUAAAAAGGACCCUUAAAUUUGUAGGAAUUUGUUAAUAUUAAUUUAUUUCAUUUUGUAAAUGUUGAUAGGUAUUUUUAUAUUUGAUGUACAGAGUUACAGCAACAUGCACAUGGAGAAAUAUGUUUACAGUUGCUCUUGACUAUGUAUUUGUUUGAAACACAAUGUGCUAUUUAAGUGUAAUGUUGAUUUCAGAUUGGCCUCUACAUUUCAUCCAGUGGAACUUGCCACUAGUAAGAGAUGUUGUCAUUGCUUUGGUCAUGACAGCACGUUAGGAACAUCAAUAUUCUGAAUGACAAUGACCAUUAAUAGAGGAAAGAUGCCGUUAUGUUCAUUGCUUCUGCAAAGCCACAUAACUUGUUUCAUGUCUUGUCCAGUCAUUUCCAUCAAUAAAGAGCUGAAAUCAAA